AUGGACUUCCUCUUCGGACGCCGCAAAACACCAGCCGAGCUUCUCCGACAGAAUCAGAGAGCCCUCAACAAGGAGAAGAAGAUCAUCGCCGACAUCAAGAAUAUGGCGAAAAAGAACCAAAUGGACUCAGUGAAGGUCAUGGCCAAGGACCUCGUCCGCACUCGUCGCUAUGUGAAGAAGUUCAUAAUGAUGAAGGCCAAUAUCCAGGCGGUCUCAUUGAAGGUUCAAACCCUCAAAAGCCAAGAUGCAAUGGCCUCGGCUAUGAAAGGCGUCACCAAGGCGAUGCAAUCAAUGAAUCGCCAGCUCAACCUCCCCCAGAUCCAGAAAAUUAUGAUGGAAUUCGAAAAACAGAGUGAGAUUAUGGAUAUGAAGGAGGAGGUUAUGAGUGACGCGAUCGAUGAUGCCCUUGGUGACGCCGGUGAUGAGGAGGAGAGUGAUCAAAUUGUGAAUCAGGUCCUCGACGAGCUCGGCAUACAAAUGGGAGAGGAGAUGGCUGGACUUCCAUCAGCUGCAGGAGGACUCACUGCUGGAGGAGAAAAGUCUGGACGUCAAGCAGUGGCCGCUGGAGGCGGUGGUGGAGGUGCUGGUGGAUCCAAUGAAGUCGACGACGAUCUCCAGGCUCGACUCGAUCAAUUGCGACGGGAAUAA